AUGGCUGGGGCCAUCACUGGAUCUUGGUUUCCGACUGGAUUUCACGGACAUGCCCGCAGUAAAUCGAGAAAUGAUAUAUUUCAAGAAUACAGACUCCAGGCCAAACCGCCCCCUCCCGAGAAACUUCUAAAGCGACUUCGGGAAAGCCCUUUGAAACAUAACUUUUCCAAGCACGAUAGUCGACUGGUGUUCUACGAUGGUGCCACAUAUAUGGAGAAUAACAAGGGUAAAAGUCGGGCCAAAAGUGCUUUUGGAAGAAGCAGAGAAUUUAACAAAGAUUUAAUUUCCUGGAUUCCAACUCAGACCGAGGGCCCACAGCAGUGGCCAUUAAUAUCCACAUAUCAAGCGGAUUUCUGGCAUCACAGAAAUGCACAGUCUGCAGCAGUGAUGAUCCCUCAACUGCUUGUCCCCCGUGUUCGGCGGCUGAUCACUGCCGCCCAUCCUGAGUCGGAAACGAUGCAGACCACGUAUCGCCAGUACUAUGGGCACUGCCAGCCGAAUCCAAAGGUGCACACAAAUGUAUACACUGGGGAAGUGCAGAGCAAGCCCAUGGAAACGGAAGCAUCGUUUGUCUAUGUCAAUCCAAAGCCGAAGCUGGCAAAUGGUGAAUGGAGACCGAGAUCCUCCCCCUCAGAGUGCUUCACUGUUGCCGACUGUCUCUCGUGGUAUGUCCCACAAACAAGUGGAACGGCCAACUGAAAACUUCAUGGGUGCUAACCAACACAAGGAAGGAAACAAAAGUGACCACAGUGUUUACAUAAACUUUGCUAAUUCCGAUGCAAAACAUUUAUUUUGCCUAUUAUAAUUCACUCUUUAAUUGUAUGGGAUUUUCCCCAGUAGCCUUCUAAUUGUGAGAAAUCAUUUACAAGUAGUCCUUAACUAUUGCUUAAUACUUACUCUAUUCUAAUUGCUCCAACGAUGUUGGGAUCUUUUGUUCUUUGACUCUGGUGUUUUCAUAGGUUUCCUGGAAAAGUGCCCACUAAUUUAGUGCUGAUUUUCCAACCAACUCAGAGGGAGGUGUGAGAAUUGGCAGUAAAUAGCAGCGAGUCCACUAAAUGAAAUACUUGCAUUAUGUAGCGAUUUUAAAGACAUCUCAAAUGUCAUGCAGUCAAUGAAGUGCAGUCACUGGGUUAACGAAUGAAAUAUUCCAGCCAGCUGGUGCCGAGGAAGCUCCCACCAACAGCAAUGACAUAGUGACUAGAUAACCCCCUUCAAAUAAUAUUGAGUGAAGGAUAAAUAGUAGCAAGAUCACCAGGGAUGACAAGCCUGCUGUUCUGUGGAAAAGCAUCAGGGAAUCAUUAACAUCUGCUUGAAAGGGCAGAUGAUUAUUUGGUUUAUCAUCUCUUCUGAAAUACCUCUGACAUUGCAGUGUUUCCAGCACUCGGUUAAAAUGGCAACUGGAUCGUUGUGCUCAGAAGAGUGAUCUGAGCCUGAGCCUUUUGAUGCUGUUUGUGUAGGCCAGGAUAUUGUACUGCAUCUGGCGAUGUUAUACUUGACAUGAGAUUUGUUCGCUUGCACAGGGAUGCUUUAAAGUAAUGAGAUUCAUUUCCUGUACCUUCAAACAAAAUUCAUAACAAACUCAUUCAGUCAUAAUUUUGCAUUAAAUCGCAAACCCGUUCCUUUUGCUUUCUGCAGAGAUUAAUUAAUAUGUGCAUCAAUAAAUAGCAGGUGAAAUCUAUAACUUUAUGUUCUCAGGUAACCACUGUAUGCACAAGUGUGGCAAAUGAGCUUAGGAACAGAUGUUUUAAUUGAAAUAUUUAAAGGCUUUAUCAACUCAAUCGUGAAAUUGCGAGGAAAGGGAAUUUUUGAAUUAGUCGUGGUUGCUAGAAAAUGCUGUUUCGCAUCUGUCUUUCUGUAAAAGCAUUACAUUUUCCUUAUGCCAUCACCAGAAGCGCUCAUCUUUUAUUAAUUUAAAAAUCACAUAUGAUAAUCUGUGAUAUUGUGCUCCAUACACAGCUAUUGAUUUUUUGUCAAUAAAGGUUCACUGAUUAUAGGAUUUAGUUAGAAUGCCUUACUUAUAUGUAAGGAAAGCAAAAUAGGCUACAAACUGAACAUAGUGCUACAAUCACUAAAUACACUGUGACUAGUAUAGAUCGGUAUUGUCUACAGCAGUAUCUUUCCACUGACAGAUUAUACCGAGGCCGUUCUGAAUGGCUAAUUGUGCAGUAAACAUGCAGGCCUGUCUAUCUUUCAUCAGUGUGAGAAAAAGUACCACACAUACAGGAAUCCAAAUAACUAAUCCUCUUGUCUGUAUUUCCUAUGUGCAGAAGAAUGCCUAUGUGGCAUCUCCUUGCUCUCUUGAGAGCCUUUUGUGUAGUUAGUGGGUCGAAUGGAGUUAAUCUGGAGCGGGAAAUAGGUAAUUGACAUAUUUCACAUGUAACAUUUACACAUUAGGAACUGUCUUCACAUUCUUUGAAUAGAAAUCUGUAAGUGCAGGAGUUGAACUCUUUGCCUUGUCGACUUAGAAUUCAGAUUUCUCUUCAUCCUGUCAGUGUUGAAACAGCGUUCUGAAAUUACUUUGUUUGGCUUUUAUAACUUCCAGUCAGUGAUGAGCAGUGCAUGAAUAAUGAUAUCCGUACAAUUGUUUGGUCCGCCCCCCCCCCCCCCCGGGAAUUCUUCAAAAUGCCCAAUUCAUGUAGCGAUUAAAGUGACAACUAUGUGCCCACAGGUUGUGAGUAUUAUUCCCUGCUUCCCCCACUGUACUCUACCUCACAAAACUACACCUGGCAGCUGUGAAGGGGCUCAGAGUAUAUAUUGCUUUAUUUGUGGAUGCCAGCCAAUAGGAUAACUACCAAUCUCUGCUGAAUAUUACAAAGACACAGAGUGCUGGAGUAACUUGAAUGGCCACAAACUGCUGCAGUAACUCAGCGAGUCAGGCAACAUCGCUGUUGAAUACAAUACAAGGGUUUAUUUGUCACAUUGCACAAAAAGUGCAAGUGAAAUGAUACGUCAGCAGCGAUACAGUGAUA